ACCUCUCUUCCACUGAGGCUUUCGGCUUGCUGAUUUCAAGAGUUUUAUUUCAAGGUUUCAAGCAGAGAUAGUAGAGAUCUCUUUUGAGAAGGCAAAAAAGUAAAGGCUGUUAAUGCGACAGGAUGGAACUGACAAACAGUUCAGUGUCUUUAGAGCGUAAAAAUGGACAACAUUUUGUGUUUAGAUGUGAAUUGAACGAUGGCUUCGGCCUCGUUCUGCAAGGAAUUCUUGCAUUUACAGCAUUCUGCAUUUUAAUAUUAAAGAGAUAUAGAGAGCCUGCUUCAGAAAGAAGACCAGUUAAAGUCUGGUUUUUUGAUACAUCAAAGCAAGCCAUUGGAGCAGUCAUUAUCCAUUUUGCCAAUGUCUUUUUAGCAAGUGCUUUCAAAGGAGACCCAUGUACUUGGUAUUUUAUCAAUUUCCUUCUUGACACAACUAUUGGUCUUGUGAUUAUUUGGCUUUUUCUGAAAAUGGCGUCAAUUUUUGGAAGGUUUAAUGGUUGGCGAUCAUUUCGAUUUGGUGAAUAUGGGAACCCCCCUCAACGUUCAUGGUGGUUUCGACAGUGUUUUGUGUACAUCAUUGUUAUGUUGAUCGAGAAGAGCAUCAUUGUCCUGUUGGUGCAAUUAUCCUUUUGGGAUGAUGUACGCAAAUUCAUUCUAACGCCCUUCAAGUACCAUCCAAAAUUGGAAGCAGGAGUUGUUAUGCUAAUUGUACCUUUCAUUAUGAAUGCCCUAAUGUUUUGGGUAGUUGACAAUUUUCUGAUGCAUCGGAAGCUUAGAAAAAAUGUUACACUUGUGAAUGAGGACAGUAAUGUGGUGAAGUUUUUAGCAAGACCUCGUGACACACACGCAUCAGAUGAUGAAGUUGUUCUUCAUAGUCUAAUGGAAAACGAGUCACAUGAUACAAUUGUUAACGACGACAGUGAUUUUCUACAUAGACGCGAUUACAGUAGAUGAGCAGUGAGCAUGCGUUUUCUCGCCAGCAAUGUUAUGAAAAUUUAACAAGGUGGUUUGCAGAAAUAACAGAAUUUGUGCCAGGAAUACAUGAUUGUGGUAGACCCUGUGUCGAUGCACCCACCUCUAACCUUCAAGGUAUUUUUCUGUGGACCACACGUAUAGCCCAUGGUGUUUUAGUUUAGAGUCCUACAAUUUAUGAUUUGUCAUGAUUAGUUUUCAUGACCAGUCUAGAGAUGAAAGAACAGAUGGGACAAAAUGAAACAGUCUCUUGGACGACACAAUUUUGGCUACAUAAGGAAAAACUUUCCCAUUUCAAGUAAACUUGCCAAUGGUAUCUUUGAAUUUCAGUAAAAAGUAAUGUUAUAGUAUUUGACAGGUUUGCCUUUAUUACAAUAGGUACACACAUAGCUUCUAUUUUUCUUGUUGUAAGAAAAUGACUGGAAGAUGCGAGUGUUUAGAUGAACUUGAUACUAUGAAUGAUAGCUAAUAUUUUACAGUAUUUUCUAUAGAUAAUGUAACAUUUCCAUCCUUUAUAAUUGUCUUUGAAGUUAAGUUUGAUUGAGCAAAUAAUUAAUGUUUUAAUAUGAAUAUUUUGCCUAUGUUAUGUUGCUUAUGCUAUGAUAUCUCCAGCUGUGAACUGGGUUCAUUGCACGCACGAGCGACAUUGUUCCUGGAAAGUGUAGUUGCUCUUCGAGGGUGUUACGUCACAGCUAAUUAAAACCGGCAAAUCAAGAUUUUUCAAUGAGCGCAUUACACAGCCUAUUCGAAGGCAAAUUUGCUGCGGGGACAAGCUUUGUUUAUAUAGAGAAGAGGAAAAAGACCUUUGCACUCGAUGUGCCUGUAGCUUGUCUUUUCAUCUCUCAGAUACCAGCAAAAUAUCUAGGUUUAGUAACAGAUUUAUAAAGAUAUUUUGUUUAAUGUUAUUUGCUUUUUUCCCCUUACCAUUACCUGGUAAAAUGGGAUCGGCAGCCCGCCCAUAAUGAAAGAAGGCAGUGGAUCACCCUGCCUAUUUCAAAACUGUCUUAAAAUUUGCAUCCUGCCAGAGUAAGGCCCCAAUAUUUACUCACUUUCAUUAAAUUUUGAUAUAAAUUACAAUCCUUUAGCAUAUCAAAAUUGACCGUAUUAUAGCCUCUACUCGCCAUCAAUUUUUACAAGUUUGCCCCACUUGAUGUCAUAAAAAACAAUACAAUUCAAUGUGGCGUGCUAGAGAAAAUCUUUUAGCCUUGUGUCACUGACUGCUUGCCUUUGAUAAACAAAUCUUCGACGACAGUAAUAAAUUCUAAUUUCAUUAUUCAAAAACAGGGGCGUAGCGUGUAGGGUGUGUGGGGGGAUGUCCCCCCCAACUUUAAGAAAACUCGUCGGUAGAAUUAAAUUUAUAACAAAAUAUUAAUGUAAAAAAGAAUUUCUGUCGGUAAAAUAUGGUUUUGCAUCUCUUACACCCCCCAGAGAGAAUGGUCACGCGACGCCACUGUUCAAAAAGUGUUUUUGGUCUAGAUUUUGAACCUUAGAAAUUGGAUCAAAUCCAAACUGGAUCGGAGCUACUUUUGAUUUGCUUUUACAUGAGACCUCGUAGAUCUGAUCCAGUUCUAGUCCCCUAUCCUACCUUUCUCUGGGUAGCUUGCUAAAAGGGUCCACUUUAGAGCUGAGUUACUUACCCAUCCGAUCCAAAAGACAGAGUGGUAGAGUGAUCCGAUCCAAAAUUGCCAACUAUGAAGCAGAAUGGGAGCAGAAUAUAAAUUGCCAAAUCUAAUUGGCGCUAAAACGAAGUUUGUUUUACUUCAAACAGUAGAAAGGAUUUGCUGACAAUUUCUAAAAGAUGUUUUCAAUACAAAAGUGGUUACUGGUUUUUUUCUAUAGUUUAAAAUUAUGUAGUUCAUCUCAUCAUCCAAGAAUGAUGCUGUUAUAAUCAGAUAUAAGAAGGGAGCAGUUUAACUACCAUAAAUUCUCUAUUAAGGCCCUUUCUCAAUAAAACACCCCUCUCUUACUAGUCCCCCCUUUUCAGAAGGAAAAAUUUACUAAGCCCCCACUCAGUUUAGCUGCCCUCCCCCCAAGAAAAUUUCAUUUAUGCCAAAAUAUGUAAACUUGAAAAACGGAGAUUUUAAUUAAUUCAUUGGUACUCUAAGGUCCUUAAUAGAAGGGGGGACGCUUAUUAAUUUAUCGAUUUUUUUCUGACCCCAUCGGAGCUUAUUUGGACCCCUCCGCUUUUUAAUUUUGAUAUGCAAUCAUUCAUAUCCCUUAUUUCAUUUGUUCUUUGUUCUUUCAGGUGUGAAAUUUCUGUAAAGUUUCUCUUAAAUAAAGAAGUUGCAUUGUGCAAAAGUUUUAACAUAGGAAAGUAGUAUAACAUCCGAAAAAAAUUACAUAGGCCUUGCUGAUGUACACAAUGACAAGCGUCUGCUCAUUUUAGUAAUAAAACAAUGCAUUAUUACAUGGUGAUAAUUGUCAUUUUGCUAUGGAUUGUAUUCAGAAGAAAAUCUCAUUUGACCCCAAAAAAGAAUCAUCGCGUGAUUUUUCAGAUUUUUCACAUUUCCGACCCCCCCCCCACUUACUAGAACCCCCACCCCCCGCUUAUUUAUUUUUUGAAAAAUUUCUGACCUCCCCCCCCAUCAAGACCCCUCUUCUAUAGGACCUUAGAUCCGACGACAAAGAUUAGGCACGGGCCAUGUGAGGGACUUGGUACUCAGAUGGAUGAAGUCGACCCUUCCGAAUGCCCGAUUUCAGCAGACGACAUGGGCAAAGAAGAUUUUUUAGACCAAUCAGUAUAUUUUUCUUUAGGCACGCGGCACUGAUUGGUCAACUAUACCGGUCUUGUGCUUGCGUUUCUCUGAUUGGCCUAUUUCAAUCCACAACUGGGUAUAUAUUUUUCAUCGUGUUCUUUCGGACCCUUAUUCUGAUGUUUUAUGCUCUGAGGAGCGUCAGACGAAAAAGCUUUUAGUCAAUAUGUUGUAAAAUGUUUGCUUCUUUCAAAGCCAUUUUCAAGUUCUGUACCGCCAAAAAACUGUUCAAAUUAAUAAUUGAUGACGAUGACAAUAUUAUUGAUGUUGGAGCCUGAUUUAAUGUUUUUUUAUUUCGCAAAUUAAGAGAACAUUUGUCUACCACUGAAAAUUGUUUUCUAUUACAAAAUAUUUAUUAAGCCCCCCUCUCUCAAACAAUAAUCCCCCUGGGGGCUUAAAAGAGAUAAUCAAUUUUACAAUCUUAAAUAACGCAAUACAAGAAAUCAACUGACAUGAUUUCCCCUUCAAAGAUUAGAUUAUCGCAAAUUCUAAACACGAAAUGUGAAUCAUAAAGCUAUUGUUAUCAUAUAGACCUCUGACUAAGCUAAGCCAAAUUGCUAUUUCAAAACCCGAAAUUUGAACAAUUCAGGAACGACUGAACCUCGUAGGGGCAGGGGGUAAUCCCAGAAAUUUAGGAUGAAUACUUUAACGAAGCGAUCGAUCACAAUGUGAAAGCAGAAAGUGAUAUGUCCAUACACUCUGUUCUUUUUAUAGGGUAUUGUUUGUAAGAAAAUUUAGCUCAAACGAAAAUUUCUUAAGAAAAUCGAAGCUAGAAUUUAGAGCCUUUUCUAAGUGACUUUUGUUUUGGGGCAAGCCUGUGCUGAUAUAAAAUAAAAAGUCCAUUGUCUGAAAAAGGUCUCUUUGGCUUUAUGGGCCGUUACCCCCUUGGCCCUAGGUAUCACAUUUAAAAAGGCCCUGAAAAAUUCGACUGUUGGCGUAAACCUUUUCGAAAUUUUUUAAGGCAUUGAGUCGUAUUAAGUAGUGUGGGUAAAAGGUAUCUUUUGCGUUAUAGGCCAUAUCUUGUUGCAUGAAAUCUUAGAGGUCGAGUCCCCAAUAAUUCUCGACAGUGGUGAUUAUCGUAUUCUGUGUGCAAUUUCGUGAAGUACUAAGAUAUUAUCAUGAUAAUACUGAUCUCAUGAAUUUACCUCGAGCUGGAUCUGAAAACAGGUAUUAUCAAAGGCCAGUUACAAACAACGGUUUACAGAAAUCUAUUAUUAUCACACACAAGGCAAAUGACGCCCCGGAUGUACGGAACUUUCGCGCAAAAGUAGAACGCACAGUCAAGAUGGUUUCUUUGCUUUGAUUCGCGUUCGCUCCAAUUCCUGUUUUUACCAGUUUUAGCAGAAUUGCUUUUCAGCCAAUCGGAGACGUCGUUUAAAGACUAAACCAUAAUCAGUUGGAAUCUUCAUAAAUAAUUGCACAUGGAAGAAUUUCAAGUCGCAAACCAGGAAUAGCCAGUUUGGAUAGCGCAGAACGACGAUUGAUAUAAAAUAAAACCUGCAGGUAUGAGUAGAAGAGGUCAUUCGUCAGCGAAGGAUAGAAGUGCUUGAAGAUCAGAAAAGAGAAGACAGCAGGAAAAUGCCAAACGAAGGAGGAAAAGGCAAAGGGAAGGAGGACAAGAAGAAGCCUGCUGCUGACGAGGGGAAAAAGGAGGCAGAGAAGAAGCCAGAAGCAGCAAAAGGCGGCAAAGGAAAGGGCAAAAAAGAAGGUCAAAAGAAAUGAACAUGGCUGUUGAGCAUCAAACAAAAGUGUUUCAGAAGGAAGACAGCUGAAUGAACAUGGCUUUAAAAGGCAACAGAACAUGAAUCUUUAAGACAAACAAAUGAAGAAAUUAACACAACUCUGUAUUGUAUUAAAAUCAAGCCUUGCUGGUUUCAUAAACAAUUUUUCCAUUUGUUUGAAAAACGAUUAAAAAAACAAAGAUUGGAA